CCGUUGUUAUUGUUAAGAGCGGAUGCAGCAGAGAGGCAGAUCAUAUAAUCGUAGAUCGAGGAGCUUUUCCAGAUCCCGCAUUGCCAUUGAAGGCUUUUAGCCUUAACCCGCCCCCCCUCAACACUUUAUUUCUUCGACCUUUUCUCUCCUAAUUUCUCACUUCUACAUCCCUACUUUAACCCUCCGCAUUGCAGUUGUUCGCAAUGGAGGCUAUUCAAGGACAAGAGCGAGAGAUUCAGAAGUGUUACUGGAUCGAGAACUCUGCGGAUUUGUCCGUCGAAGCUAUGAUGCUCGAUUCCAAAGCCUCCGAUCUUGAUAAAGAAGAGCGACCCGAAGUACUUUCACUUCUCCCGCCGUACGAAGGAAAAACGGUUUUGGAACUUGGAGCGGGUAUCGGUCGUUUUACUGGUGAAUUAGCUCAGAAGGCCGGUCAGCUUCUAGCUUUGGACUUCAUUGAGAGUGUAAUAAAGAAGAAUGAAAGCAUUAAUGGUCACCACAAGAAUGUUAAGUUUAUGUGUGCGGACGUGACAUCCCCGGACUUGAAAAUAUCUGAUGAAUCAGUGGACUUGAUAUUCUCCAAUUGGCUACUAAUGUAUCUUUCGGAUAAAGAGGUGCAGGAUUUGGCCCAAAGAAUGGUCAAGUGGCUGAAGGUUGGUGGGUUUCUUUUCUUCAGAGAGUCUUGUUUCCACCAAUCAGGAGACAGCAAGCGAAAGUACAACCCAACCCACUAUCGGGAGCCCAGAUUUUAUACAAAGCUCUUUAAAGAGUGCCAUAUGCUUGAUGGUUCGGGAAAUUCCUUUGAGCUUGCUCUUGUUGGCUGCAAAUGUAUUGGAGCCUAUGUGCGAAACAAAAAGAAUCAGAACCAGAUUUGCUGGACAUGGCAAAAGGUCAGUUCACAGGAUGAUAGGGGUUUCCAGCAAUUCUUAGACAAUGUUCAGUAUAAAUCUAGCGGCAUAUUACGCUAUGAGCGUGUCUUUGGACCCGGUUUCGUGAGCACAGGAGGGAUAGAUACAACUAAAGAAUUUGUGCAAAAGUUGGAACUGAAGCCUGGCCAAAAGGUCCUCGAUGUUGGAUGUGGCAUUGGGGGAGGUGACUUCUAUAUGGCUGAGAACUUCAAUGUUGAGGUAGUUGGGAUUGACCUCUCCAUAAAUAUGGUUUCUUUUGCUCUUGAACGUGCCAUUGGGCUGAAAUGCUCAGUCGAAUUUGAAGUUGCUGAUUGUACUAAGAAAACAUAUCCUGAUAACACAUUUGAUGUGAUAUACAGCCGUGAUACCAUUCUGCACAUUCAGGACAAACCUGCACUAUUCAGAUCCUUUUACAAGUGGUUGAAGCCAGGAGGUAAAGUUCUUAUUAGUGAUUACUGCAAGAAUGCUGGAACUCCAUCACCAGAAUUUUCUGAAUAUAUUAAGCAAAGGGGAUAUGAUCUCCACGAUGUUAAAGCAUAUGGUCAGAUGCUUCGGGAUGCUGGUUUUGAUGAGGUCAUUGCAGAGGAUCGGACUGAUCAGCAGUUCAUGCAAGUUCUGCAACGGGAACUGAAUGCCAUUGAGAAGGACAAGGAUGAGUUCAUCUGCGACUUUUCUGAAGUGCAUUUUUCCUCUUUUUCUACAUCCCUUUUAACAUUAAGAGGACUACAAUGACAUUGUUGGUGGAUGGAAAGCAAAGCUGGUCAGGAGCUCGUCUGGUGAGCAAAGAUGGGGCAUGUUCAUUGCCAGGAAGAAGUGAUUCUGUUUCCCUCCGUUUUCCCUAUAUCUAGUAGUUGUUGAACAAUCUAUUCCUACUGUGUGUUUUUAUCCUUGUAGCCGAUGCUUGACAUCUUGAUAGCAUCCUGGCUUUGUUGUUCUCAACAAACCUUUCAUUUUCAAAUAAUGAAAUAAAGAAGAGCCGAUGAACUUAUAUAUUA